ACACAAAAAAUGCCCAACUUUUGUUCGUGACAGAAAAUAAGCUGCCCGUAUGGGCGUCCCGUUUUCUCACCACUCCGUUCAGUUCAUCGCCUUUCACGCUCUCUCGCCUCUGUCCCUCUGUCCUGUGUCGCCUUUCAUCGCCCUCUUUCUGUGCUCAACAUCCGCUGGCCACCUGGACCGCCGACGGCCUCCCGCAGCGUUGUGACAGUUCUUGUCGCUGACUCUCACCCUCGAUCUCGCGUUCUCUCGUUUUCUCAUUGCGGGCCACCUGCAGCCCGAAAGUCCCAGAGGCCACCCGCAUCUCUCACCGCUUGAACGCCCCGCGCAUCUCUGAGAUAGGAAAAGGAGAAAAGAAGAGAGGAAGCGAAGAAAGGAAUUACCUGGGAAGAGAUGGCUUGCCUCGUGCAACCUAGACAGAGAAGCUGCACAUGAGAUUGGUCUGCUGCCCCUCUUUCAGAGAAAGAAGGGAUGGAAGAACUGGCACAACGUUUCAGAAGACUUCCACGUCAACCCCUUACUGCAAAUCUCGAGCUGGAUCCUUCGCUUAAUGAAAACUUGGAGCAGUGGCCUCAUCUCAAUGAAUUGACUCAUUGCUACAAGGCUGACUGGGUCAAAGAUAACAGCAAGUAUGGGCAUUAUGAGACUGUUGGGAAUACUUCCUUCCAGAAUCAGGUUUUUGAAGGUCCUGACACUGAUAUUGAAACGGAAAUGCGUUUGGCUAAUGCAAGACAUUUCAGGAAUGAUGAUGCAACUGAUGAUGAUAUUCCUAGCACUUCAGGGUGGCAGUUGUCAGAAACCAGUUCUUCUGAUGCAGCACAUACAAGGAAUCUCCAGCAGCUGCAUUUUGGUGCGUCACCUUUACCUGCUUAUGAGCCGGUUUUUGACUGGGAGAGUGAGAGAUUGGUUAUCUUUGGGCAGCGAAAUCCAGAGCCCCUUCCAUCCUCAUGUAGCAGUGGAUUGAAGAUCUCUGUGAAGGUUCUGUCGUUGUCCUUUCAGGCUGGGUUUGUUGAGCCUUUCUAUGGCACGAUUUGCUUGUACAAUAGAGAACGGAGAGAGAAGCUCUCAGAGGAUUUCUAUUUUAGGAUGCUGCCAACAGAAAUACAGGAUGGAGCGAUGCAAUCAGAGCAACGUGGCAUUUUUUCCUUGGAUUCUCCAUCAGCAUCUAUUUGCCUUCUUAUUCAGCUGGAAAAGCCUACAACAGAAGAUGGUGGUGUGACACCAUCUGUAUACUCCCGCAAGGAACCUGUUCAUUUGACUGAGAGGGAAAAGCAGAAGCUUCAAGUAUGGUCCAGGAUCAUGCCAUACCGAGAAUCAUUUGCUUGGGCAAUAGUUCCACUAUUUGAAAGCAAUGUUGCUGUUGGUGGAACUGCAUCUCCAAGUAGUCCAUUGGCUCCUAGUUUAUCUGGAUCCAGCUCCCAAGAAAGUAUGGUUGAACCUGUUGCAAAAAUCUCAUCUGAUAGCAAGCUGGCUCAGUAUUCAAGUGGAAGUUCUGUGAUUGUUGAGAUAUCAAAUCUGAAUAAAGUGAAGGAAAGUUAUACAGAAGACUCACUCCAGGAUCCUAAAAGGAAAAUCCAUAAACCAGUAAAGGGUACCCUGCGGUUGGAAGUAGAAAAACUGCAGACAGGGAACGGUGAUAUUGACACUGUUUCUGAAAAUGGAAGUGUUAACAAUGAACCAGCUGAUGCGGUCGAUCAAUUUGUAGAUUCUACUUUCCCGAAAUUUCCAGGCAAUGGUUCUGGUAGGCCUCAAAAUGCUCAUUUCAAGUGGAACGUGUUGGAUGGAAAAGAAGCACACAGGAAUGGUUCAGCAAUUAUUCAGGGCAAUAAUUUUGAACUAGGAAGUGGAGAUUUUAUUGCAUUUGACUUCCGUGCGACAACAAAAAGCGAACCAUUUUCACAGCUUCUGCAUUGCCUUUAUGUCUAUCCACUGAUUAUGAGUUUGAGCAGGAAAAGGAACUUGUUUAUUAGGGUGGAACUGAGAAAAGAUGACAUUGAUAUUCGUAGGGAGCCACUUGAGGCAAUAUAUCCAAGAGAUUCAGGUUCUUCACUUCAGAGGUGGGCUCAUACACAAGUGGCUGUUGGUGCUAGGAUUGCCUGCUAUCAUGAUGAGAUCAAAAUAUGUCCCCCAGCUAUAUUUACACCUCAACACCAUCUUCUAUUUACAAUGUUUCAUGUUGAUCUUCAGACAAAACUUGAAGCUCCUAAGCCGGUUGUCAUAGGAUAUGCUGCUCUUCCAUUGUCAACGCAUGCACAGUUUCAUUCUGACAUAGCUUUACCAGUGUUGAGAGAGCUAGUACCGCACUAUCUCCAGGAGAGCAUGAAGGAACGUCUGGAUUACUUGGAAGAUGGAAAACAUGUGUUUAGGCUGCGAUUAAGGCUAUGCUCUUCUUUGUACCCAACGAAUGAGAGGAUAAGAGAUUUCUUUCUUGAAUUUGACAGGCAUAUUCUUCGCACUAGCCCUCCUUGGGGCUCUGAACUGCUAGAGGCUAUUAACAGCUUAAAGAAUGUUGAUUCAACUGAACUCUUACAGUUUUUGCAGCCAAUUCUUAACAUGCUUCUGCAUCUUAUUGGUGAUGGUGGUGAAACCCUUCAGGUUGCAGCCUUUAGAGCUAUGGUCAAUAUUCUUACAAGGGUGCAGCAGGAAUCUUCUGAUGGUGCAGAAAGAAAUCGUUUUCUUGUUACAUACGUGGACUAUGCUUUUGAUGAUUUUGGUGGAAGGCAGCCACCAGUUUAUCCUGGUUUAUCGACUGUUUGGGGAAGUUUGGCUCGAAGCAAGGCUAAAGGUUAUCGGGUUGGACCUGUAUAUGAUGACGUCUUGGCAAUGGCAUGGUUCUUUCUGGAGCUCAUUGUGAAGUCAAUGGCAUUAGAACAAUCUAGCCUUUUCUACAAUAAUAUUCCAUCAGGUGAUGAUAUUCCCCCAUUGCAACUGAAAGAUGGUGUGUUCAGAUGCAUUAUGCAGUUGUAUGAUUGUCUUCUUACGGAAGUUCAUGAGCGCUGUAAGAAGGGUUUGAGCUUGGCAAAACGUUUGAAUAGCAGCUUGGCAUUUUUCUGUUAUGAUCUUUUAUCAAUAAUAGAGCCUCGUCAAGUCUUUGAGUUGGUUGCCUUGUACAUCGACAAAUUUACUGGUGUUUGUCAACCUGUUCUGCAUGAUUGCAAGCUUACGUUCUUGCAGAUUAUAUGUGACCAUGAUCUUUUUGUCGAAAUGCCUGGAAGAGAUCCAUCAGACAGGAACUAUCUUUCUUCCGUUCUAAUACAAGAGCUCUUCCUCACCUGGGAUCAUGAAGAUUUAACACAACGUGGCAAAGCAGCUCGGAUGUUGGUGGUUCUUAUGUGCAAGCAUGAGUUUGAUGCUCGAUACCAGAAGCCUGAGGACAAAUUGUAUAUUGCACAACUAUAUUUUCCAUUGGUUGGACAGAUUUUAGAUGAGAUGCCUGUCUACUAUAACUUAAGUGCAGUGGAAAAGCGUGAAGUUCUAAUCGUUGUACUGCAAAUUAUUCGUAACCUGGAUGAUGCAUCCCUUGUUAAGGCUUGGCAACAGAGCAUUGCUAGGACCAGACUAUUUUUCAAGCUCCUUGAAGAAUGCCUAGUCCUUUUUGAGCAUAGGAAACCAGCUGAUAGCAUGAUGAUGGGAUCUAGUUCUCGAAGUCCUGAUGGUGAAGGACAUGGAUCCCCAAGGUAUUCAGACAGGCUUUCUCCAGCAAUCAACAGCUAUUUGGCUGAGGCCUCUCGUCAGGAAGUUCGACCUCAGGCUACACCAGAGGGUGGAUAUUUAUGGCAAAGAGUCAGUCCCCAGUUAAGUUCACCAAGCCAGCCUUACUCUCUAAGAGAAGCUCUUGCACAAGCUCAAUCUUCCAGGAUUGGAUCUUCUACUAGAGCACUGAGAGAAUCGCUCCAUCCAAUAUUGAGGCAAAAGCUGGAACUCUGGGAAGAAAAUUUAAGUGCAGCUGUCAGUCUUCAAGUUCUGGAAAUCACUGAGAAAAUUUCUGUUGCUGCUGCUUCUCACAGUAUUGCCACGGACUAUGGGAAGUUGGAUUGUAUAACAUCUUUGAUUAUGAGUUUGUUUUCUCGUAGCCAACCAUUAGCUUUCUGGAAUGCUCUUGUACCUGUGUUUAACAAUAUUUUCAGCCUUCAUGGGGCAACACUGAUGUCGAGGGAAAAUGAUCGUUUUCUGAAGCAAGUUGCUUUCCAUCUACUCCGACUUGCGGUUUUCAGAAAUGAUUCUAUAAGGAAAAGGGCAGUUGUUGGACUACAGAUUCUUGUCAGGAGUUCAUUCUGUUAUUUUACGCAUACCACUCGUCUUCGAGUGAUGUUGACAAUUACUUUGUCGGAGCUGAUGUCUGAUGUUCAAGUCACUCAGAUGAAAUCUGAUGGCUCACUUGAAGAGACUGGGGAAGCACGGCGUCUUAGGAAGUCACUAGAGGAAAUGGCUAGUGAGGACAAGACACGUGAGUUACUGAAAGAAUGUGCUCUUUCUCUUGAUGCUCUUCAGGCAGUUCCUGAUGGCUCAGUGGAGGAUCGCUGGUCCUGGUUGGAGGUAAAGCAGCUGGCUGAUAGUUUGCUUCAGGCUCUUGAUGCUGGCCUUGAACAUGGGCUUUUGGCCUCUGUAAUGGCAGUAGAUAAAUAUGCAGCUGCUGAAAGCUUCCAUAGACUUGCCAAUGCUUAUGCCCAUGUUCCAGACCUUCAUAUUAUGUGGCUACUGCAUUUAUGUGAUGCUCAUCAGGAGAUUCAGUCUUGGGCAGAGGCUGCUCAGUGUGCUGUUGCUGUUGCUGGUGUCAUUAUGCAGGCUCUUGUAGGCAGAAAUGAUGCUGUCUGGAGUAAGGAUCAUGUGACUGCUCUACGUAGGAUCUGUCCCAUGGUCAGUGGUGCAAUUUCUGCUGAAGCAUCUGCAGCUGAAGUGGAAGGAUAUGGUGCAUCAAAACUGACAGUUGACUCUGCUGUGAAGUACUUGCAACUUGCAGACAAGCUAUUCUCUCAGGCAGAGUUGUAUCAUUUCUGUGCGAGCAUCUUAGAACUCAUCAUUCCAGUUUACAAGAGUCGACGAGCGUUUGGACAACUAGCGAAAUGCCACACAUCUCUCACUAAUAUUUAUGAAUCAAUUCUUGAGCAAGAAUCAAGCCCAAUACCGUUUAUAGAUGCUACUUACUACAGAGUGGGGUUUUAUGGCGAACGAUUUGGGAAGCUGGAUAGAAAGGAAUAUGUAUACAGGGAGGCACGUGAUGUUCGUCUUGGUGAUAUAAUGGAAAAACUUAGUCACAUAUAUGAGUCAAGAAUGGAUGGCACUCAUACUUUACAUAUAAUACCUGACUCUAGACAGGUAAAUGCAGAUGAGCUUCAACCAGGCGUUUCCUAUCUGCAGAUAACAGCUGUUGACCCAGUCAUGGAAGAUGAAGAUUUGGGCAGCAGGAGGGAGAGGAUAUUUUCCCUUUCUACUGGAAGUGUGCGAGCUCGCGUUUUUGAUCGCUUCUUGUUUGACACCCCCUUUACCAAAAAUGGCAAGACGCAAGGAGGGCUAGAAGAUCAGUGGAAGAGGAGGACUGUUCUUCAAACUGAGGGCUCUUUCCCUGCUCUAGUGAAUCGCCUGCUGGUUGUAAAGUCAGAAUCUAUGGAAUUUUCUCCAGUUGAAAAUGCCAUUGGGAUGAUUGAAACAAGGACAGCAGCACUACGUGAUGAGCUUGAAGAGCCCCGAACUUCUGAUGUGGAUCAUCUCCCAAGGCUUCAAAGUUUACAGAGAAUACUCCAAGGCAGUGUUGCAGUUCAGGUGAAUAGUGGAGUUUUGGGCGUCUGUACAGCAUUUUUAUCAGGUGAACCGGCAACCAGGCUUAGAUCACAGGAGCUACAACAGCUUAUUGCAGCUCUACUUGAAUUUAUGGCCGUCUGCAAGCGUGCCAUUCGAGUUCAUUCGAGGUUAAUAGGAGAAGAAGAUCAGGACUUCCACACACAGCUUGUCAAUGGGUUCCAAUCACUCACUGCUGAACUAUCACACUAUAUUCCAGCUAUACUUUCCGAGCUCUGACAAGAUUAAGACGCCAGUGCUCUGUUAAAGUAUAAUAACAGUGUUUUCCUGCUUGUGUCAGGCGUGAUCAAGUCUCCUAAGGAUUGGUGUUGGAAAUCUUCCACCAAGCUUUGCCCGUUUUGUUCCAUUGUAAAUUUUUAUUGUACAGAGCUCCUUGUCAUUCAGCAAAGGGGCUCCUUUUUGCGAGGUUUUUUAUGUCAAAUAUCCUGAUGCUAAUAUCAAUUCGCCCCUUCGAUGUAA